ACGCCGGGCGGAUGUCGCAAAGGGGACAUGUUCUGUGUUAAGUCUUGAUCUCUUAGACGUGAGGGAGACUUGAAGAUCAUAACUGGCCUUUCUAUCAUGCGCUAACACCGACGUGGCUUUCUGAAGUGGUUGCUUGAACGGAAAAUGUGAAUUGAUGAGUCUUCAUGUGUGUUUUUUUUAUAUUGUGGGUUGACUCGCGUUGGUGAAUUAUAGAUAUAUAUUUUUUUGUUAUAAGUGAAGGUGAUUCGUGGUGUUAUUAUCACCGUGGGGGCGACGGCGCCUGUGAUGUGGAUUGAUGUCAUAAUAGCAUUUUGGAAUCGACUCCGUAUAAUAGAUUCUCAGAUCGCCGCGAGCAGCCUUCAAGGUCCUCGCGAGGAAACCUCAACUCUUCUCCGGUAGGGAUCUAGGGAGUGAAGGAUGGAGAUCCUGACACUGACCGGCGGGCGGUCCCUGCACGAGGAGGCGCCUAUGGACUUGAGCACGAGCACGAGCCGCCUACGUCACCACCCGCUGCCCAUCAUGCUCAGCCACCGCGCCCCCUGGACGAGCCUCGGGGCGGAGCGAAGCCCGAAGUACUUCAUCGAGCCUCUGCCGAAGCUCCCUCAGGAGCCCGUCGCCGCCAGGUCCCCGCCCUCGUCCUCCUCGAUGAGCCACUGCAUCCCGAUCCCGAAGAAGAGGCACUGCCUGGCCCGCGCGUCGCCCCCGCCCGCCGCCUCGCCCGCCGCGCACAGGUUCUCGCCGCCCGCGCUCGCCCGCCACAGUUCGCUCCCGAGCUCGCCGGAGGUCGCGCGCAAGAGAGCCAGACUCGAGUCGCCCGAGCCGUCGGACGCACGACGCGACGCGAGGCCCUUCCGUCGCGAGGAGGUCGCCGCCGGAGCCAUCAGCAGCAGCAGCGGCGGGAUGCGGGGCGCGGGGGCGGGGCCGGCCAGGAGUCAUGGUGACUUAGGAGCGACCGGCGAAGGCAUAAGCCAGUCCGCCAUGUGGCCGCAGCAGAGCCGCCAGCUCCCCGCGGACGUCGGCGGAGGCUCCCCGACGGGCGGGAGUCCCCUGGGCGAGGAGAGGCUGGAGGAGCCCAACCAGGUCCUCGUCAGCACCCUCAUGCAGCUCCAGAACGCCCAGUUCUCCUCGGGCCUCGGGCAUCCUCCCGCGCCGGCGCUGAAGGACACGGACGCUCUCCUGUCGGCCAUCCACCAGUCGCAGAUGCUCUACUACUCCUACUGCUCCCAGCUCAUACAGACCCUCAGGAGCAAGCAGGCGCAGCAGGAGCAGCAGCAGCAGAAGAAGCGGCACGAGGAGCGGCAGACGCGCCUGGAACACGAAGCCGCGGCGCUGAAGAGACAGUCGUCGACGUCGUCCUCGUCCCACGAUGACUUCCAGACCCACGUGGAGGACUGCGAGGACGCGGACGAAGGCGACGAGUACCUGGAUGUCACUGACGAAGACCACGUCGAGGACAUCAACUCCAUCCUUCGCACGAGACUCAAUACGCAGGAAGCGCUGACGCCGUUCGACCGCCAGUCCUCGUGCGCGGGAUCCCCCAGCAGCGCCCUGCCCUCCAGCACGACCGGCUUCGACGACCCGGAGGACCUCUCUCCCUCCGACGGCGCAGGAGGCGCCCGGAAGCGCGCCCCUCGCGCCCUCACCGGCAAGCACGUCCGGCCGGGCACUGGGGCGUCGGCUACCACCCUCCUCACCCUCCGGCAGAAGCUGGAGGAGCGGCAGAAGUUCCGCGAGGUGCACGGCGCCGCCCCGACGCCCCAGCCGCAGCCCAGGAGCAAGGCGCGCCCCAAGAAGAAGUGAGGCGGCGACGCGGAGGCGCUGUUGCCGCGGCAGAUGUUGGGCGCGACCUUGCGGGCCGGGGAGGCUCCGAGGGGCGUGUCGGUGCUCAAGGUUUUUUGCCAAAGACGACGAGGGAAGCGCGCGGGAGACAUUGGCCGUGAUUAUGGACGCAGAUAAGUGGAAGGGAAAGAGGAAUUCAUGGCGUGGACAGCGGGGAGGCCGAGGCUGGUUGUUUCUUACUGGGAAAAAUACUAUCGGAAAAAUAGAUAUACCUUUAAGUUACCUUUCACUAUGCAAGAGCUUGUGACGAAAAAUGAGACAGUGCGGAUACUGCAAAUGCCUUCAGUUCUUGUCAAGUUAGGUCACCUGUGAGCAUCCCUAACCUUUCCCUGAUCAGGCCUGGAAUGCAUACUUGACUGUAACUUGCAAGACAAUACCCAACGAAUGGUGACUCAGCAGUGUUAUUUCAGUCAACACCGAGGGAUAAUAUCACAGUGAUACAAAAAUAGUGGACUUUUAAGACCAAAGAGGAAGAAAAUGUUACAUCAUCCUACAUCGAAUAGCAAAAGAUGACAUAACGAUUAAUUGGAUAAGAAGCGAUAUAAGAAAGAUAUUCUUAUGGCGAUUCAAGAAGGAAGAGGUUGCCAGAUCGUAAUUAAUGAUCCGAUUAAAAACGUAUACUGCAACUUCGAAUACUUCUGUUCUCGAAAUAUCUUUAUUGUAGUAUUUAAAAAAAAAAGUAUUUCUGUGUAAAAGAGAUGGAAUUUUCACACGACUAACUCCUUGGUUUUAGAAAGACUGAUGUGGAUUCGGUGCUUUGGUGUUGAGAAAAUUGCAUUGCUAAAUAAAAACUAAUUUGGAAAUCAUAUAAAGGUUUCUUGCACUAAAAAAACGAGGCUACAGCAAAACAUAUCAUUUAGAUUUAAGUAUAAUUUCCUUGGACUAUAAUGACUGAAAAAAAAUUAUAACGAGGGCUAUUAUUACAUUCCAGAAUUCAUUGUCAUUCCUAGUAGAUUUAUGAAUAUUUUUACCGACGUAUUUUUACCCAAAAGAAUGUGAAGAUGAAAUCAAAAUUAUGAUAACCAGUGAGGAAUAUAAAAGAAGUAUUUAUCCUUCUCAGAAUAGAAGGAGAAAUAAAACAAGAAAGAGAAAAUAGAAAGAAAAGAAAAGAUUAAUGGUCAUUGGCAACCGAGCUAGGUGAGUGAAGACGACGAGCGUAAAGGUUUAACGAUACGAUUUUUUUCUCUCCCAUAUAUAUUACAUUUCCCUUUGAAAUUCUUUGUGUUGUUUUCCACCUUGAAAUAAUCAUGUCGGGCAUUGUCUUGUGUUCUCUUGGCUUUAAUUUUUAUCCAAUGUUUUGUAAAUACCAGUGUCGCUCAGAUUUAGGUUUAGACAUGUAUCCCCUUUGUAAAUAUUUCAUGUAUGACUCAUGUAUAACAAAUUACUGAAUUAUCUUUCAUGCAUCGUUUGGAAUGCUACUAUGCUUCCAUUUUUAUGCAAUAAUAAUGACCAUAAGGGUAAUGAUGAUGUUGAUAUUGAUAAUUCAGAUCUCUCAACUAAGCAGAAAAUUGCUGUGUCAUCAAACAUUUUUUUUUUUUUUA